GUGCGUUCAAGCAGCAUUGAACCAAGAACUGCAUCCUUGGGCCUUGAGGCGUCGCCCCUCUGGAACACGCAGCCAACGAUGCAAGACGCGUCGAUGGUAUUGAGGGAUGAUGGUCGGGAUCAAAACGACAUCGCGUGGCCGCACUGAUAGCGCCAUGGAGGUAAAUAUGACCCAACAUGCGCCUGCUUUCCCCGUCACUCACGAAUGGACAGCGCAGGUGAGAACGACCUUAAUUAUCCUGCCUUUCACUCCCUCACCAUAUCAUGUCCUUACUAUAGUGUUGCCUUUUGUCUUGGCAGGUGAAUGAGGGGCGCAGACGACGGUGGUCACAGGCCAAUGGUUCCUGUCAGGUCGACGCCUUAGUAGCUUGGACCAU